AAACGGCUUUUUACACACAGCCGUCGACUGUGAGUAGUGCAUACUGCAUAAACGUUUUAGCAGUGUUGAAAAGUGUUUGUUUGCCAGUUACUUAUCGCCAGGUAGGUACCUCUCUAUUUCUUUUUGUCAGCAUCGCCGAAAUUCAAAGGUCCAACAAAAUGUAUCAACCGGAAACAAGUUAUGAAGAAUUUCUGAAGUCAGAACAAGAAAAGUAUCCGGAAUUAAAUUUAAAAGACAUCGAAGAGCUAAAAGAAAAAUUGAAAGCAAACGAUGACUUACCUCCUAUACGAGAUAAAUUAGUCGUCAUGUUCCUCCAUAGUAGUUACUUCAAUGUCGAUGAUGCGUACAAAACAAUCACUAAUUAUUGCAAAUACCGUAAAGAACUACCUCAAGUUUUUGAAAAUUAUGAUCCAUCUUCCGAAGAGAUGAAACAGGUAUUCGAUAGCAUGAGCAUUUGCAUAGUGUUAAAUCCCAGUUCUGGCAAACAAGAGCGCCUCCUAUACACAAAUUUCAAAAAUACCGAUCCUCGAGAAUACGACUACGUGCGUUGUUGUAGAUAUUUUUUUAUGAUGUUGGAAUAUUUGAUGAUUACAAGUGGUACAUUCGACGGGGUGGUAUUGACAAUGAACAGCAAAGGUGUAAGUUGGCGGCAUAUCACCAAGACGCCGAUGAAUACAAUGAAAAAAUUACUAGGAUUCGUACAAGAGGCAUUGCCAGUGCGACUUAAAGAAGUGCAUGUCUUAAAUGCUGGCUCGAUAAUUACUAUGCUGUUUAACAUAAUCAGACCAUUUAUGAGAAGUAAUCUUAUGAACCUGUUGAAAAUAUUUCCAGAGGAUUCGACAGACAUUUUCAAUCAUAUGCCCAUCGAUUUAAUGCCGCAAGAAAUUGGGGGUAAUGGAAAAUCACAUUAUGAAUAUUGCGAAGAAACGUACAAACAAAUGAUUUCCGCUCGUGAUUAUAUUGUUUCCCUAAAAUAGUACAAUUUUUUUUAAUAAUGGGCUAACAAAGAAAUUACACACGAUAUAUGAUACGGAGUAGAUAUUAAUCCAUUAAUAGAGUAUUUUAAUAUUUUUAGUUGAGAUUAUAUAGAACUUAGUAAAAGCAAUUUAAUAUAUUUAUGAUGGGUCACACUAACGUCUACCGGAGUUCAAUGAAACCUUAAAUACAAUACUUUAAAAAAAAAAAAAAAAAAAAAAAAAAAACAAUACGUCUUAUUCAAUAGAAUUUUUCAAAAUUUUGUGUAGGUACAUCUAAGUUAUAAAUAUUAUUUAAUAUAUUUAUUUUAAGGUGGUAUAAAAUGAAAUUCGAUUUUAUUAUCGUUAUAAUAAUCGACAAAUGUAUAUUUUUUUAAUAAUUUUAUUUUGUAUAAAUUUAUUUAAUAUAUUUAUAUUAUGAUUGUAUUGUUACAGUAAUAAUAAUAAAAAUAAAAACCAUCAAUAUUUAAAAUAAAAGAGAAAAUUUGUUGUGACUAGUAAGAAUAACAAAAAUCAUGAAAAACAAUUAAUGUCGGAUGAUUGUGUUAAAUUUUAAAAACAAAAUCAGCAUAGGUAUAAAACCACAUCAUUGUAAAAUCGAUAUAUUUAUUGCUCAGCUCAAAAGUUUAUAUUUUAAAAUAAUAAAUAAUCUUAUAUACUUGUACA